AUGACUGGGCCGAUCUGCUACCCUGGGCAGUUUUCAUACAACCAUGAGGAUUCUGAAUCCUCUGGGUCUUCUCCUUUCUUUGUGGUCUAUGGACUUUAUCCUCGUCCUCCUUUACCCUUGUUCACUUCCUUUGGAGUUCCCAUGGCCAAUGAUCAAACCAGGGAAGCUGCUGAGCCCACAAAGAGAAGGGCGGACGAGGCGCUAGAGAUUUUCAAGUGGAAAAUCCUUCAGAUACUUUUCUCCACUUCAUACAAGGUAAUGAACUCAUCGGGAUCCUUCAACAAUGGAUCUCAGACAUCUGCUGACAGGGCUUUAUUUAUUGUCACUAACGUCUUCAUUAUCUUGACUUUUCUUUGCUUCUGCUUUUUUCUUUACUUUAUCUCUAUAUUAUUGAUUGUCUACUUUACAACCCCUCAAGUCCGAGAGACCUCACGAUAUGUCCUCUUCGCCCACAUGUUGGUCAAUGAUACAUUGUAUCUCUUAUUGGGAUUCUUUCUUGUCUUGGCAUAUAAACAUCUUUACAUACCAGUGCCCAUUUGCUACUUUGUCAUUGCUAUUACCACCGCCUCCUUUAGGGUCACACCAUACAACUUGGCGGUCAUGGCCCUUGAGCGUUACUUAGCCAUUUGCUACCCACUGAGAUACUCAAUGUUUUGUACAGUUAAAAGGACUUAUUCUGUCAUCACGGCAAUGUGGGUCCUUGGGUUUUUUCCUAACGCAGCUGAUUUAGUUGUCCUCAGCACCUCCGUGAAGAAGAGUUUUUUCUCCCAGAAGUUAAUCUGUAAGCAGGAAGAGUUAAUAGUCGAGCCAGUGCAAAACACCAUAAGAUCCAUCACCUUCAUAGGUAGUUUAAUUUUGGUGGCUCUCGUCAUCCUUUUCACCUAUGUGAAGGUUAUGGUGAUCGCUUGGAAAAGUGGUUGUAGCUCAUCUUCAGCCUCCAAAGCUGGGAGAACAGUAAUGCUUCACACCAUUCAGCUCCUCCUGAGCAUAGUGUCUUUAACCUCUAAUAUUACAGAGUGCUAUGGCGGCAAUUACAUGGUCAUGAUCAAUUUCCUUCUCUUCAUGUGUUUCCCGAGGCUUCUCAGUCCUCUUAUCUAUGGCAUCCGGGAUGAAGUGUUCAGUAAAUGCAUUAAGAAGAUGUAUUCUACAGUCUAUAAGGACAAGACUUUGAAAAAAUUCUGA